AUGUCCGUCGGAGAAUUCCCCGUCAAAGGGAAGAUUGUGGUCGUCACGGGUGGCGGAUCAGGUAUCUGUCUGGCCUUUGUCAAACUCGCCGUCCAGCAUGGCGCCAAAAUCCUCAUCGGCGACCUGAAGCUCGGCCCCGAGGCCGCGGCUUUCGCGACGAGUGCGGGACCCGACGUCGUCAAGUUCGUCAAGUGCGACGUGACGGACUGGCGGGACCUGGAGAACUUGAUCGUCGCGUCUGAGAGGGAGUUUGGCGACGUCCCGGACGUCUAUGUCCCUGGUGCGGGCGUGUUCGAACCGGAAUGGUCCAACUUCUGGAACGACUCGGAACCCUCCAAGUACGCCCAGCUCGACAUCAACCUCGCCCACCCCAUCAAGCUGACCCGCCUCGCCAUCCGCGCCCUCGUCGGCCGGAACAAAAAGGGCGUCGUGUGCUGCAUCGCCAGCAUCGGCGGCCUGGACGGACAGUACGCCGCCACGCUGUACUCGGCGUGUAAGCACGGAGUUGUGGGUCUGGUCAAGAGUCUGGGGGACGCCGAUCCCGAGGAGGGCGUCAAGGUCGUGGGGAUUUGUCCUGGAGCCGUCUGGACUCCCCUCUGGACGGACCGGCCCGAGAAGAUGGAACAGUACAGCGUCGCCUCAAACCUGUCCCAGACCCCCGAAGAGGUGGCCCAAUUGAUGCUGGACCUCGUCCAGGACGCCAAAUACACCGGCGGCACCGUCCUCCGGUGUGACAAGACGCGAGCCGACGUGGUGUUCCAGGGCGUGACUGAGUCGUCGGCCGCGACGAGCGGCUUGAGGGGGAAGCUGCUCAAGGGCAGUUAUGACUUUGUGAGGCGGAUCCUCCGGGAUGAGCGAGAAGGUGGCAAGAAGAGUGCUUCGCAGCUCUAG